AUCGAGGCGGGGCCGAGACCGGAAGCAGCCCCGGGCGGAAGCCCGACCGUGUCCACUGGGCCCUCCUCCCGACCUGCCCCAGGCUUGUGCCCCGCCCACCCGAAAGUGGGUGAAAGGUCGGCGGCGCCGGCACUGCAGCUGGGGCUGCGAAGCCAGUACUGCCCGAGAACUGACAGACUGAAUUACAGACGGACUAACUAUGGCCGAGCAGCCGAAACCCAUCAGCCCGCUCAAGAACCUGCUGGCCGGCGGCUUUGGCGGCGUGUGCCUGGUGUUCGUGGGUCACCCUCUCGACACGGUCAAGGUCCGACUGCAGACACAGCCACCGAGUUUGCCUGGACAACCUCCCAUGUACUCUGGGACCUUUGACUGUUUCCGGAAGACUCUUUUUAGAGAGGGCAUCAGGGGGCUAUAUCGGGGAAUGGCUGCCCCUAUCAUCGGGGUCACUCCCAUGUUUGCUGUAUGCUUCUUUGGGUUUGGUUUGGGGAAGAAACUACAACAGAAACACCCAGAAGAUGUGCUCAGCUAUCCCCAGCUGUUUGCAGCUGGGAUGUUAUCUGGUGUAUUCACCACAGGAAUCAUGACUCCUGGAGAACGGAUCAAGUGCUUAUUACAGAUUCAGGCUUCUUCAGGAGAAACGAAGUACACUGGUACCUUGGACUGUGCAAAGAAGCUGUACCAGGAGUUUGGGAUCCGAGGCAUCUACAAAGGGACUGUGCUUACCCUUAUGCGAGAUGUCCCAGCUAGUGGAAUGUAUUUCAUGACAUAUGAAUGGCUGAAAAAUAUCUUCACUCCAGAGGGAAAGAGGGUCAGUGAGCUCAGUGCCCCUCGGAUCUUGGUGGCUGGGGGCGUUGCAGGGAUCUUCAACUGGGCUGUGGCAAUCCCCCCAGAUGUGCUCAAGUCUCGAUUCCAGACUGCACCUCCUGGGAAAUACCCUAAUGGUUUCAGAGAUGUGCUGAGGGAGCUGAUCCGGGAUGAAGGAGUCACAUCCUUAUACAAAGGGUUCAAUGCAGUGAUGAUCCGAGCCUUCCCAGCCAAUGCGGCCUGUUUCCUUGGCUUUGAAGUUGCCAUGAAGUUCCUUAAUUGGGCCACCCCCAACUUGUGAGGCUGAAGGCUGCUCAAGGCUGCUAGAUGCUGGAAGCUGUCGCUGAGGAGAAGAAGUAGUGAACAGAACUAAGCAGUCUUGGAGGGCAAGGGGAGGGGAAUGGUGGGAUCAGAGCCCUGUGCAUGGACUUGGUGAGACCGUUACCUUAAUGACAUCCUGUACCUUGUAUAACUUUGUGUCACUUUGAAACUUGAAUUCAUUCUCGUCAAUUUAAGGGAUCUUAAAAGGAUUUGGAAAUGGAACAAGUAGCUUCUAGACCAGAUACUACCUGUGGCAAGAAUGGUGCCUCCCAGUUGACUGCUGGUCCUACCACACCCAAAGUAUUCCUCAUUAAAGAGAGAAUCUCAAGUUCUCACUGGAGGCACUGUGCAGAUUUUCAACCAGAUCACCAGGAGCUGAGAUCUUCUUCAGUCCCUAGCCAGGAAUACCCAUUUGAUUUCCAGGGUGCCAUCUAAUCCUGGGCUGUACCUGUGGAUCUGGACUUGAGGCCCACCCCUGUGUCCAAGUGGACUAGGUAUAUAUGCCUAGGAGAAGGUAGACUGUUAAUCGUUGGAUUUUGAUUUUUUUUUUUUAAACGCAUGCAAGUAAUCAAAAGUAAAACUAGAGUAGCCUGAUUUUCUGGGAGCAGGUGGAGAACUUUCCCUCCUACACAGUGAGGACAGUCCCAGUCUGCUGGGAUAAAUGAAAAAGCCCAGGAUGUAGGAAGGUCCUUUUUACAUACUCUUUUCUCAUGAGCGCUCCCUAUUUUAACAAGAAACAAUAAACGUUGUUUCUAAUUUUU